CUUAACAAAGGAUAAACAGAUUCUCUUCAGUCCUGCAGUAAUACUAAAAGCAAUGAACUACACAAUGGAGAGAAGCAAAAUUCAAUGUCUCUAUGAUGCCUGUAAUCUAAUUUUCACACAGGAGGAACCUCCAACCUACCAAAAGAUUCAAUGGCUCAAAAAUUUCCUAGAUACCAUGGAAGCCAUAGAUGUUGGCAUUGAUGAAUUCAACAUAAAUGGAUCUCUGCCAAAAUGGGCUAAAUCAUCAAGCAUAGAGGUUUGUGAUGGAUUGAUUUGUGGGCAAGGAGUCUCAGAAAUUACCUACAUUCACAUCUAUGAAUGCAACUUCUUUUCUAUUGGUGUGUUUUGCUUCCCUGCUGGAGCGAAAUUACCUCUUCAUGAUCACCCAGGGAUGACAGUGUUAACCAAACUUCUGUAUGGUUCUGUCUAUGUUAAAGGAUAUGAUUGGAUCAAGGUGGAGAAGUCUAAUAACUAUAAAACAGUGGGAUUAGCAGCUAAAGCUGUAGAUGGCAUUAUAAGAGCUCCAAGCGAAGCAACAAUUCUGUUCCCUAGGAGUGGUGGAAACAUACACUCCUUCACUGCCUUGACUCCUUGUGCCAUUUUAGAUGUAUUGUCACCACCAUACUCUGAGGAAUUGGGGAGGCCAUCUACUUAUUUUUCCGAAAUCUUCGUUACAUCGCUUUGUGGUUAUGCAAUAUUGGAGGAAAGAGAUUUACCAGAUGAUCUAGUUGUUACUGGGGCACCAUAUCUCGGUCCUCGACUCGUUACCAGUGAUGAGUUUGCUUGAAAAACAAAUGGAGUCUGCAGCUUCUUUUACUGUAUAUAGCUUCUGUAUAUUUAAAA